GAACGACUCUGUCGCACCAGGCUAGUCACGCGCGAGGAGUCGAAGCGCUCAGAUCGCUUUGACUCCGUGGAACAAUCGCGCUGAACUGUCGCAUCGGAUUAUAACCCGAGGGUGCCUCGCGCAAAAUCACACAAACGCUGAUAUUGACACGAACUUUGGCUUCGCGGCGAUCCGGUUGUGUUUGACUUCAUCCCGAACGGAAGGAGCAAUCGCCGGGUUUAUCCCGAUGCAACGAUGGAGUGCUGGACACUAGCCUUAUCAAUAUUAGUCGGCGUACUCGCUGUUUAUUAUUACCUCUUCCGCAGAGGCCCGAACGUCUUCCAGCAACAUGGGAUCCCAUGCGCGAUGGACUUCAAUUUUCUGCGCCGGCUGUUCGAGAUCUUUGUGUUCCCGAAGUCUUUUGCGAAGGCCCUACUGGAUAUUUACAAUGUGCAUCCUGAUGCCAAGUAUAUUGGCGCAUUUAACUUGUCGCGACGAGUUGUGGUGAUCCGCGAUCUCGAGCUGAUCAAGUCUAUCGGCAUCAAGAGCUUUGAGUCGUUCGAGGACCACCUGUUCUUCGGCACCGGUGACGAGGAUCCGCUCUUCAGCAACAACCUGCUCGCGCUUCGAGGAGACAGGUGGCGUGACCUAAGGGCACUCCUGAGUCCCGCGUUCACCAGCAGCAAGAUGAAGACAAUGUUCCACCUGAUGUCCGAGUGCGCCGUCAACUUUGCGGAGUACCUGAAGACCACCGCGCCGCCCGGAGGACACGUCACGGAGAUGAAGGAUGCUCUCACGCGCUACGCGAACGACGCGAUCGGCACGUGCGCCUUCGGCAUCGGCGUGGAUUCGAUGAGGCACCCGGAGAACGAUUUCUACAUGUACGGCAAGAAGGUGACGGAGUUCAACACUUUUGCACUCAUAAAGAUCCUGAUGAUCCAAAACCUGCCGAGGCUCUCGCGUUUUCUGAACAUCAAGAUGAUGGACGAUCGUACCACCGAGUACUUCGUGAAUCUCGUAACCGACACCAUACGGACCAGGGACGAGAGGGGUAUCACUCGGCCGGACAUGCUUCAGCUGAUGAUGGACGACAGGGGCAAGAGUUCCAGCAGGGAGCUGACAAUCAUGGACAUGACGUCGCAUGUGUUCAUAUUCUUCCUUGCCGGCUUCGACAGCAGCUCGACGGUGAUGAGCUUCGCGACGUACGAGCUAGGCGUGAACCCGGAUGUUCAGGAAAAGCUACAGAACGAAAUCGACGAGGUGCUGGAGGACACGAACGGCCAACCGUCCUACGAGAAGAUCAACGGGAUGACAUAUUUGAACGCGGUCAUCAGUGAGGCUCUCCGGAUGUAUCCGCCGCAACCGAUGACGGACAGGCUGUGCACGAAGGACUUCGAGCUGCCUGCUACGUUACCGAACGCGAAGCCGUAUCUCGUGAAGAAGGGAGAGAUGGUAUGGUUCCCCUUUUACGCGCUUCACUAUAACCCCGAGUACUUCCCAGAGCCGGACAAGUUCAAGCCCGAGAGGUUCCUCGACGACAACAAAGAUCAGUGUAAUCUGAACGCUUACUAUCCGUUCGGACUAGGUCCAAGGAUGUGCAUCGGCAAUAGGUUCGCCCAGCUGGAGAUGAAGGUCUUGCUCUUUCACCUGCUGGCACGCUGCGAUUUGAAACCAUGCGAGAAAACCCCGAUACCUUUGAAAUUAAAGAGCGGCGGAUUCUCAAUGCGGGCCGAGGGCGGUUGCUGGCUGAAUAUUGUACCGAGACGGAACCAGCACUCCGCGAUCGCGAGUGCAAAAUAGGUGUACUGUUAUUUGUGUAAAUAAAUUGUAUAAUGUUAUAAAAUUGUAAUUGUAUAAUGUUAUAAACUAUUUUAAGAACAAUGCUACGUGUUCUUCGGCAAAACUGUCUACGAAAAUAUAAUAUAACGAAGCUCCCGGGCGUCGCAUUAUCGAUAUUAAAAGUCGACGUGGGUUAGCCCGAACGAGCGACGCGUUCUCUCUCUCUGUUUUACAGAGAGAGAGGCUAUAUAUUGGUGUAUACCUUAUAUUAUAUUGUACAUGUUUUAUAUGUUUAUGUUGUUUAUUUUAUAAUAAAAAAAUGGAAGUUUGCAAGAGACGAAUCUGUAAACCAUUUUGGCACGUUGCUAUACUAUUCAUGUGCGAAUUGAUACGUUUUGUACAUGUAUUUUAUCGGGGAUUGCAUUAUCUCUGUAUUGGUCACGGUUUUAUUUAUACUUGUAUGAUAUCAUGGAAGAAAGACAAGAAUUUCUUUGUUCAUCUGCAAUAUUUCAAUAUGUAUGUUAUUUGCGCAGCGACUUGACAUGGCAGAAGCCCGGCAGAAUCCUAAUGCAACCGUGACAGUCAACGCAUUAAUAAAGCGAGAGCGAAGUCGAUUCUAAGAUAAUUCUCUCUACUCAAUAACCACUGUAGUGCCUCGUCAUUGCCAACGACGUCAGAAAUGAAAAAACGAGCUGUGAUCUUCUUAUUAAAUAACUGUAGAUCAAUAUGAAUUAUCGCAUUGCACUUUUAAUAAUAAUAAAUACACUUGUACAUGUUGCAAAUAUGAAAA